AGCGCGUAAUUGUUGAAGCUUUUUAUUGAAAAAAAACGCACAUUACUUGGUGAUAAUUGAAUUGGCAUUAAUAUCUCCAGUGAAAUCGUGACUAGAAUGCUUACACUUUAACAGAUUAAUCAAAGAAUAAAGUAAAAAUUUAGCAUUUAAAGAACGGGGCAUUUAACCUCAAAUUGGAAAAAGGCCGCCAGGAAACACCUGUCCUACCUUCCAUUAUCAAAAUACAGAAUACAAAUUCUGUUAUAAUUUAUUUGAAUAAAUUAUCUCUUAUCGAAAACAUUAAAAAUAUAAUCGAAAAUCUAUGUUCUCUCUCUCUCUCUCUCUCUCUCUCUCCCUGAGAGAGAAGAGAAAGAAAGGAAAGAAAUAAAGAAUCACUGCCCUCUGUAGGAGCAUCGGCCGUCAAGAAUCGAAUCGCGAAAAGCAAAGGACACCUUGUGUCUGCCUUCCCUCUCCCAAAGUAAUCCUUUUCCUGCUUUGUUUCUCCUUCCAAUAUAGUGCUUUAAUCGGGGGGAAACAAAAAGGAAAAAAAUAAACACCAAUAAAACAUGGUGACGGUUUGUGUGUAACAAAGAAACAAAGUUUAAUGUUAUAAAUGAGUGAUAUAUAAGAUUCUUGUAGCACACGAGAUGCAUCCCCACCCCCUCCUCUGCCCUUUCUACCAAUUCUUUAGUAAGUUCUUUUUAGUGAAACUAAGUUGGUGCGAUUGACGUCCAGUGAAUUUUUCCUUAUAUACUUUGCGAGUCUCCGCGACAAAGUUAUACAUAGAAUUUUGUUGUGUUUACAUCGUUUACAUGUGAACAACCCAUUCUGACAAGUAAUUGAUCUCACCAGCGAAAACAAAGUCGAGAAAAUUGUUUGGGGGAAAAAAAGAAAAUUUCUGACACAUGUGCACAACACACAGAGCGCUCGUUGUAUAUUUCAGUGAUUUCAGUAUAAAGCUGUUUUACGGAAGUUGAACCUCGUGUAAAAUAUUCUUCGAUAAUAAUUUUCGACGAGAGUGAUGAAAAGUAACGAAAAAAUGUGAUGAUAAAGGAAAAAAGUGAUGUGAAAUGAAAUCCCUUGUGUGUUGAAAAGUGAUGUCUCUAAGUUAAAUGUGAAUUAAUUAUUGUGGUUGAGUUUAUUUGGCGUCGUGGGGGAAAAAAGAGAAGAGAAAAAGAAAAGGAAAAAAAAAGUUAGACGAACUGCAUGGCCUGCAAGGGGAAAUGCACCUCCAACGAGGAUCGAUCAUCAGAGGAGAAAAUCAAGAGGUUUUUCAAAGGGCGGAUACAAAUUCUCGGAAUUGCAUUUUUGGAGGAGAGAAACGACAACGACGACGACGACGACUGAAUGAAUCAGAGUCAUCAAACUUGCCCGGUCUGGUGCCAACAACCUUUUAGUUAGGAAACGGCUCACGAUGCGUUUGCUUUUCUACACGCUAGAUUAUAAAAUUAGACGCUCGAAAGCUAGCUCAAUUAUAAAAAGAGUAGAAAGAAUUAAAAUAAAGAGACGAAACGAGAAGACGAGAGUCUUUUCUUAGUUUGCUUAUUGUUAAAAAAAGAUGUUAUAUUUCUAGUCCCUUUGCAUUUAAAGAGAAUUCGUCAAAAUAAAAGAGACUGAAGAAAUUAAUUUAUUUUCAAAAAAAGGAUAAACUAAACUAUGUCCUGCAAUUUUGUUCAAGUACGUGAUGUAGGUGACUUUGAUGUUAUUUCAAAGAAACAAAAGAAUUUCAAGAUAAUUUCAACUAAUUUUAGUCUACACAUUUCAAAUCAGAAAGAUAGAAAUAAUUUUAAUAAAAGUUUCGAGGGGGAGAAAAAGAAUUCAAGUGUCAAAAGCACUUCAAAGAGGAGGGAAAAUUCUUUAACGGUCAAGAAAGAUUCUUUAAAGAGCAAGGUACAUUUAAAGAGCAACGAAAAUUCUUUCAAGUGCAGUGAGAAUACUUUAAAGAGUAGAGGAGAUUUUUUCAAGGAUUCGUCAAAGAAAAAGAAGAGGAAUUUAGUGUCAAAUGAAAGGACAUUGGAUUUGAGAUGUUUUAAAGUAUUUAAAAAUUUAGAAGAACUCUUACGCAUUUAGCAUGGAGAGGGGAAAAUAAAGAGAUCUCAAUGGUCUCAAAUGACAAGUUUAAUUUCAACAUUUGAGAUGCCCCUUUCGAAACAGAAUCCAUCUGGAGCCUCAACGCAGACUUAUAUCACAAAUGAAAACAAUCAUCUGCCACCCCUAAAAGCCGGGAGUAUGGUUUUAAAACAGGGCGAGUCCCCUGUGAUACAAUGGAGUCACGAGGAAGUCUAUUUACCUGUUUUGGAAUCAAGUACAAAUAAUAGCCUGCAAAAUUUGACGAGUAAUUCAGAAAGUCUAAACUUGAGUUUAUGUUCACACGCGAGUCACACCAGCCAUAAUAGUCACAAUUCACACAAUUCGAGUCAUAACUCGAAUUACUCGCAAACGAACAGUCAAUCAAGCAGCCCAAUGGUGAAGAAUGGUCAGUCGGACGGCAAUUCAAGUAGUGGAAAACCAAAAACAAUGGCCGUUACACCUGAAUUAGUGAUGAAACUUUACAUGAAUAAAUUAACCGCAUACGAGCAUCAUGAGAUUUUUAAUUAUCGACAAAUUUAUUUUAUUGGAGCGAACGCCAAGAAGCGACCAGGAAUAAUUGGCAUGCCAAAUAAUAAUGAUUAUGACAAUGAUCAAGGUUCAUAUAUUCAUAUUAUUCACGAUCACGUCGCCUACAGAUAUGAAGUGUUAAAAGUCAUUGGUAAAGGUUCAUUUGGACAAGUUGUCAAGGCGUACGAUCACAAAAGUCAAGAGCACAUUGCAUUGAAAAUGGUGAGAAAUGAAAAAAGGUUUCAUCGGCAGGCGCACGAGGAAAUUCGAAUAUUGAGAAAUUUACGUGAACAAGAUAAGGACAAUACAAUGAAUAUUAUUCACAUGUUUGACUCGUUUACAUUUAGAAAUCAUAUGUGCAUUACAUUUGAAUUGCUUAGUAUCAAUCUGUAUGAACUUAUUAAGAAAAAUAAAUUCCAAGGAUUUAGUCUUCAGCUGGUGAGAAAAUUUGCGCAUUCAUUGCUUCAGUGCCUCGAAGCCUUGUACAAAAAUAAAAUUAUUCACUGCGACAUGAAGCCGGAGAAUGUUUUACUUAAACAACAAGGACGAAGUGGAAUUAAGGUGAUAGACUUCGGCUCCAGUUGCUACGAGAACGAGAGAAUCUACACGUACAUCCAGAGUCGAUUUUACCGCGCUCCGGAAGUGAUACUGGGAGCGAAAUAUGGAAUGCCAAUUGACAUGUGGAGUUUGGGUUGCAUUUUGGCAGAGCUCCUCACUGGCUAUCCGCUGUUGCCCGGCGAAGACGAGGCCGAUCAAUUGGCGUGUAUAAUUGAACUUUUGGGAAUGCCACCGCCCCGUGUUCUUGAGAAUGCAAAGAGAACACGACAAUUCAUCAGCUCGAAAGGUUACCCGAGGUAUUGCACAGCGUCCACGUUCCCCGAUGGCUCGACCGUCCUCUGCGGUGGUUUGUCGCGACGUGGCAAGAGACGAGGACCCCCGGGCUCCAAGGAACUGAAACGUGCUCUACGCGGUUGUAACGACUCAUCGUUUAUCGAUUUCAUAAGUCGCUGCCUCGAGUGGGACCCAGAGUUACGUCUCACACCAAGCAAAGCGCUGAGGCACAAUUGGCUACGCAGACGACUUCCACGUCCGCCGGGCGAGAAGGUCGACGAGGCACCAGCAGCAACGCCGAUCGCUCCGGUUCCAGCGCCAGGGCAUCGAACGCCCGCCUCGUCGGGCAGCAAAUGCUCCGGCAAGACCAACACCAACAACAGUCUCGGCUCUGCUGUCAUCUCUGACAAGGUGAGACAACUAGUCGCUCGGCAUCGCGCCGUCGAGGCUCGAAUUCGCUCGAGGCCCACGCCUGCCGAUCGCGACAAUUCGGCGAAUCAAACCUCACAGGCUAGUAAUACCUCGUCGACGGCGACGACGACGACGACGACGACGACAACCACCAACGGAACCAACCACGAUGGUCAUAGUUCCAGCAGGUAAAGAGGUUUCCAAAAGUGGAACAACCCUUUCGGGACGAACACCGCACCGGUGCGGCGGAAGCAAACCACAGAACCGUCCAACUGAUUUAAGAUUUAGUCUCUUUUAGUUCUUCAGAGUAAAUCGAUUUUCAAUCCAUAACCCACGAAAACAAAAAAACAAUACGACUGUUUUCAUUAUCAGCGAUUCAUCUUCAUUCGACAAAAAAAUACAUUUUUUCGAAACAAACAAAAAAUCACUCCGUCCCGAAAGGAUUCAACGUCUUUACUACAAAAAAUAUUUCCAUUGAAUAUUUUUUCCCCUCUGAUUUAUUAAAGUUCCUCUUUUGUGAUUCAUUAAAUUGAAAAUGAGAAAACAGUCUUUUUGAAUACAUUUUUUUAAUUAAUUUUUUAGCCUCUCUUUGUUAUUGUUCUUUUUUAUAGAAUUUUUUUUUGAAAACAUUUUUUCAAAUGUUGCAUAUUGUUAAUUUGAAAAAAAGAAAAUUAGAAAAUAAAUAGGUAAAUAUGUAUAUCUUAUAUAUAGGAUGCGAGAUUUUUCCUUUUGUAAUUUUUUUUUUUUUUUUUGACAUAACUGUUUUCUUCUUUUUUUGAUCACCUUUUUUUAGUUUGUAUUUAAUUUUUUCAUCGUGGCGAUGAAGCGAUUAAAGUGUUCAACCUAGAAUGUAAUUUAUAUAGAUGAAAAAAGAAAAGAAAACAAAAACACCUUUAAUGUAUCGUUUAUGUUACUGCGAACAUGAGUAACAAUUUGUAAAUAAUUGUCAAUGUUAUUUAGAUUUUUAAAAAAGCGGAAAUCGAAAAGUAAAAAGAAAAAAAGAACAAGGAAAUUAAUGAAGGAACAAUUAUUCUAAAUUCUAGAAAUUGUCGAUCGAUACACGAAUAUAAGUAAUUAUUAAAUGAAAAUUUAAAAAAAAAUAGAUAAAAUUUGCAUGUUUUGUGAAAAUUUACAAGAAUGAAAUUUUAAUUUCUAAAAAUGUGUAGAAAAAACGAAUUGUUAAAAUAGUUGCAUUUGUAAAUUUACAUUCUCUUUAAAAAUUAAAAAUAUCUAAAAAAAAAAUUGUCUCUGUAUUCCUUCUGAAAAAGGGUAUUUUUUUGUGCAACGUAAAUUAACGACGAAAAUUUUAAAUGUAGAACAAUGAUUAUUAUUUAUUGACGUUGGCAAGACUCCUGCGAUUGAUAAAAGUAUGUAACAUUUAAUUGAAGUGGGUCUGAUUGUCGAAUGAUUAAAAAAAGAGAACUAUAGGGUUAAAGUCGUUGCUUUGUAUAUUCUUUAACCCGGGCAGAAACAAAUGAAUGCUUUCUGGGUCAAAUUUUCCUUGUUCUUGUAUUUUUUUUCUUUUUAUUUCUCUUUCCAUUCGAGUGAUCCUUCUCUGUCCGAUAAAAUGCACAGUAUGGGAAGUAAGUCCGCAAAAUGAUGUGUGUAUAAUAAUAAUAAUAAUAAUAAUAAUAAUAAUAAUAAUAAUAAUAAUAAUAAUGAUAAUGCGCUUGAAAAUCGCUCUCUACGAAAACGAAACAAAAUCCAUCAUCUUUUAAAACUAAAGUAGAGAGCUGAGACAAAAUAAAUGCAGUCACUUCUCUUUUUUUUAAUUUUACAAUACUCACAAAGAAAAAAGAAAUUAAGAGAAGUGAGUAGAAAAAAAUACUAUAGUUAUACAGUGAUUUACGAUAAUUUUCGCAUUAUCGUUCUUUUUUAGUCCAUUUGUUAUUAUAUAUAAAUAUAUAUGUACUCUCAUUUAUCUCACAAAAGAUUGCCGAACAUUUUUUUUCGUCUAUUCAUUAUGUGUUAAUUAUUAUCAAUCAAUUGUACAUUGAAUUUCUAAUUAUAAAUUUGCGAAUUUUUUAUUCACUGCCUUUUUUUUAUUGUAGCAUCGAUAUUGUAAUGUCUAUCAAAAGAAAAAAUUGCGGAUUGGCUUAUUUUCUUUGAGGCAAUAUUGUAAAAUUUGAAAUAAUAUUCUUUGUCUGUGUGUCUGUGUGCGUGUGUGGAUUUCAAACAAAAAAGUCAAAAAUGUUCGGCGAUUGAGUUAAUUUAAGUUUAGAUUUAAAUUUUUGUCCCUGUAAUAAUCAGCGCUGAGGAAAUGAUUUUUUUUCUUAAUAUCGAAUUUCUUAGAGAACUGGAAAAUUAGUUCACUACAAUUUUUUUCAUCUCCAUCGAAAGAGAAAAUAAUUUUACUACACAAGAAUCUUCCAUUCUAAAAAAGAAUUUUUCCACAAAGAAUAAAUUCUAAAUUGUGACAUUUAACUAAUUUAACUGAUUGAACGAAAACUUAACUAAAAUUCCACUAUCAAAAUAAUUUGACUUUUUUUCUUUAUUAGUAAAUAGUAUAAAAUGAAAAAUUCUUUCUGUGAUAUGGAAUUUUUUCUAUUUUUAUUGAAAGAACAAAUAUUGUCAAAUUUGUAAAUUUAAAAUUAACUAAUUUGCCAAUUUAAAAAACAUUUUUUGAUUAAUGAAUUUAAUUUUCCAAUGAAUAGAACAAAAAUAUCGAAGAGAAAAAAUGAUAUUCUCCUGAUUUUUGAAAAAUAGACUGGGUCACAAUGGAUUUGAUUAUGUCUGAAGAAACAGGAAAGAAAAAAAGAGACUGUAAAUUUAAUUGUUGUACAUCAAUAAUUUACUUCGAGAAAAAAUUCUGCAGAAUCAAGUAAUUAAUGAAAUUUUAAUCAGAAGUGAUAUAAUAUUUAUUCCCUUUUUGUCUAAUUCGUCUCUUUUUUGGGGGGGGGGAGGGUAAGGGUAAUUUAUCUGUCAAGUCAAUUAUAUAAAUAUUUAUUAUUUUCAAAUUGUCAUUAAUUUUUUUGUGCUUGUAAUUGUUUAUUAGAGAAAGAAAAAUUGAAUGUGAUAUUUAUAUAAAUUAUAUUUAAAUUAUAAAAAAGAAAAAAAAGCUUUAUUCUGCAGUCUGAGAUUAGUUUUGUUUUUCUCAUCAAAGCGACACAAUUUGCAUGAAUUUUCAUGCAACCACGAACUAAUUGUAAUAAUUUGUACUGAAAUAAGUUUAGAUUUAAUGUCAAAAUAAUUAUUUCGUUUAAGCGACUCUGCAAAUUUGAUCUCUUAAUCGUAUAUAAACAUAAUGUAGAGAUAUUUACAUUAAUUACGAUAAUUAUUCUAAUUAUACACAUUUAUUAUAAUUAUUAAUAUUAUUAUGAUAAUUAUUAAUUAAUUAUUAUUGAAAAUGAAUAAGCCAUGUCCGUUGUGUCCAACCGCAUUAUACCUCCCUUCUUCUGAUUAUUCUCGAAUUAGUCGAGAAAGAAGGUGAAUCGAUUACCCGAUUUUUCUUUUUCUUUAAAAAAAAUGAGGUUGCGCAAAGCGAAUUUAAUAAUAAUAAUAAAAAAAGAAUAUGUAAAACCAAUCAUAAGCGAAUGUACGAUAUUACUAUGCUACAAGUAUUAUUAUUGCGCAUAUUCUCUCUGUAUAAUGCAUUUUCGCUGCGAAUAACGAAAAUGCGAAUCUGAUUUUUUAAGAAAAUGCUCCGACUUGAUUAAGUGACGAAUAAACGCUGCUUACGACAGUUAAAAAGGA